AGCCAUUUCGACUCAGGCAUCGUCCCCCCCCCCUGCGAGCAGGCACUCGCGCGAGAACCCUCGCGGAGUUCCUGCUCCUCCCCCAUGCCGGAGGACGCAGGACCCCAGUGGUUCAGGGACAACGUGUCCGCCCCGUGCGAGUCGCGCUUCGUGACGGUGGAGGGCUGCCGCAUCCACUACCUCGCCUGGCGGGCGGCGAGGGGGGACGAGGCGACCACGACCGCCCGCCGUGCCGGCCUCGUCUUCCUGCACGGCAACGCGGCCCACGCCCACUGGUGGAGCUUCCUCGCCCCCUUCUUCGCCCAAAGUACGACUGCAUCGCCGUCUCCUGGUCGGGGCACGGGCGGUCGGGCUGGCGCGACCGGUACAGCUACGACCUCUGGGCGCGGGAGGCACUGGCGGGCUCCUUGGAACCGUUGGCCCCCACCCCCCCUUCACCGCGCUGGGCCGGGGCGGGUGCCUUACGAAGAGGUGGCCGCCGCCGCCCAGGACGCGGAGCUGCUCGGCGGCGGCCGCCCACGGCCGAUCCUGGUGGCGCACAGCAUGGGGGCGGUGGUCGGUGCCGCGGUCGCCCGGCAGGGCGGGGGAGCGCGCUGGGGGGGCUGCUGCUCUUGGACGAGCUUCCCAGGCCGCCUGAGCAGGUGGAGUGGAUGCUGAAAAACAGCUUGACGCCGCUGAUCAAGCCCAGAACAGCGCACAAGGUCAUGUCUGGCGCCGUGUCGCCCAGCAGCCGCUUCAGGCUGGUGCCGCCCCAGCCGAGGCGCAACGAGUACCUCCUGGACUUCGUCGCCGAGCACUCGGUCACGCGAGCGCAGGGGAGCAACGGCUGGCAGUGGGCCUUCGACCCGCAGAAGAUGGAGAAGAUGCCGCCAGAGGAGAUGUUCCCCAGGGUGUACGAGGGGCUGUACACUGCCAGUGCGCUGCGGGCUCUCGGCACCAGGGUCUCCUGCAUCGUGGGCGACUCCAGCGUGGUCUGCUCGGGCGACGUCGUGGAGUGGAACAGGGGCGUGCUGGGGCUGGGCGUCCCUGUUGUCGUGGCGCACGACGCGGGCCACCACAUCAUGUUCGACCAGCCGCUGGCCCUGGUCGCUGCCAUCCAGGCGACGCUGGCGGAGUGGAGCCGGCCGGCGCCAGCGCAGGACG